GCUGCCAAGCCGGCAUUAAAAACAAGACAACUCUGGCAAACAUAUGUAUUUUUAUAACUAAAAAAUUGCCAAUUUUUUGUACAAAACAUGGACUUCCUCCAUGAAUCAGUAGCUUUAGGCGUAGAUUUAGUAAUUCUAGGACUAUGCGUGCGAGAAUAUAUACAAUACAAGCGCACGGCGCAGGUGCUAAAGACUGCACCUCAAUACGGUAUAGAUGGGGACUUGAAAUCGGUGGUGGAGAAGCAUCACGAUAAAAAGAUACCCUACGCCGUAAUCCGCGGAACAGUGACGCCCAUUGGCGUUCCGUUGCGGAGCAACCUGGUCCCAAGUGUGAGUGGUGUCCUACAGAUUGUGAAGCUGCACGAGCACAGAGUAACCCGAGGAUUUGCUGGCUUUUGGACGGAGCACCAUAAGCUUCUCCACGAGACGGCCAAUGAGAUGCCAUUCGAGUUGCGCAAUCAGGAACACGGCGUAGAGAUUAUGGAUGCUCUGAAGGCGGCAAUCUUGGAUGUUGAUAUGGUCUACGAUAACUACGAACCAACCAGUCUUUCUGUUAUGGAUCACGUCUUCGGGUUCUUCUCUGGAGUUCGCCAAAGGGGUCUGCAAACCACCGAAGAAGUUCUAAGGGAAGGCAGCUUCCUCACUGCCGUAGGAGAAUUAGAAUUGGAUGGAAACACCUUACGAAUGCAGCCCUCUACAGCUGGUCCACUUUUCCUAACUACUGCCACAAAGUCUAUGCUAAUCAAGCGCUUCGAGGAUGCUAAGGGAGCUACCCUUAUAAAGCUUAUUGUGUGUGGUAGCAUCUCCAUCAUCUUGGUUUCUUUCAUUGCGAAAAAGAUGUACAAGCGGCGAAAACAGCUUAAGGAGGAAGCCAAAAUACGAGAUCGCUUAGAGACAGAGCGAAGGGAGCGUCGAGCUAAAAGUCGUCCACAGAACAUGUCGGAAGAUCAGCUUUGCGUAGUGUGCUCCACCAACCCGAAAGAGGUUAUUUUACUGCCCUGUGGUCAUGUAUGUCUCUGCGAGGACUGUGCCCAGAAAAUCUCGAUUGCCUGCCCUGUGUGUCGUGGUAAAAUCGCCGCCAAGGCGGCUGCUUUCAUUUCUUAGACGACGUAAUCGAUGUGUUGUGGUAAAAUCGCAUCCAAAGCGACAAUACUCACCAGUUUACCGUGUACCUGCGCGCCCCAUCCUUUAUACUUAAAAUGCUUAUGUAUGGCAUUUAUUUUCAAAUCAUUUAGUGUUACUUUACUAAAAAUUCUAUUCUCCCUGCAUAAU